AUGUACUCCACAAAGGGAUCUGAAACAAUUGCAGAGAAUAACGAGGAUACUCAAAUCGAGAACGAUGCCCAAAAAUCAAAACUGCUGGAAUUGGAAGAGUCGGAAUCGGACAACCAAAAGGAAACGAAUUUAACACACUUAAUAGGCUCAGAGUCAAACGUCAAAGUUGAUCAGAGUUCUGGAGAAGGCAAGAAGAAAUCAUCAGGCCUUGAGACAAAUAUUGGAUCUGCAGGGCAAGCAACUGACGGCGCCGAUUUCGGAACUGUGCUGGCCAAACUGAGCAAAAGUGAUUAUGGCUCGAUGAAUACGAGGAGCAAGUGGGAUUUGGGACUAGCAGUCAAAGCGGCGAUGUACCAGAUAAUGAGUAUACCCUUGGAGGUUACAGAUUUGCGCGGCAACUUGAGGUUAACUGCUAAGAUACGGGUAGGUUCGAUUGUCAUACAUGCCAGUAAUGGCACAAGAAGUCUGAAGUAUGGGCAGAAACUGGCAACAUCAGAUUCCGUAUUCAAAGAAAUACGCAAGCACAAUCUGUUGCACGCAUCUUGGUUCGCUAUUUUGCAAUAA